AUGAGGCAACCAGAGAUACUUUUCCGGUCCGCCUCCAAAAUCGGUUCUCUGCACCACACCACCAAACGAAGGCUCCAUCUCGCACCCCCUUUCCUCCUCGACGACUAUAUCCCCCGAUAUCAUCUGCUCUCCUCUGCCGAGGCAGCGAAAAAACGGUCUGCAGCCUAUGCCCACCUCCGUCAAUGCAAUCUCUGUCCACGUCUCUGCAAUGUCAAUCGUUACGAGACUACCGGCCACUGCUUGAUCGGGGCGGAAACGGUCAAGGUAUCAACCAUCGCACCUCAUUUUGGGGAAGAGCCAUGCCUUCAAGGGCAUAAUGGAUCCGGGUCUAUAUUCCUCAGUGGCUGUAACUUGAGGUGUGUGUUUUGUCAGAACCACGACAUUGCCCACCAGAAAAUCGGCUUCGAUCUGACCCCGGAGGAGCUGGCGGAAUGGAUGGUGAAGCUGCAGGAGGUGGGAAAUGUGCAUAAUAUCAACGUGGUGACGCCUGAGCAUGUCGUGCCCCAAAUUGCCCUGGCUAUCCUGACUGCCCGGGAGAUGGGCCUCAAUAUACCCAUCGUGUACAACACUAGCGCAUUCGACAGCCUAGAAAGUCUCAAGUUGAUGGACGGAUUGGUCGACAUCUAUUUACCGGACUUUAAGGUCUGGAACAAUGAAACGAGCAAGCGGCUCUUGAAGGCCGACGGGUAUGCGGACACGGCAAGAGAAAGCAUUCGAGAAAUGUAUCGGCAGGUGGGUGAUUUGUGCUUCACGGCCGACGGGAUCGCGAAGAAAGGAGUCCUGGUCCGUCACCUUGUCAUGCCGGGAAAAGAACAAGAAGGAAUACAGAUCAUGAACUGGUUGGCUGAGGCUCUGAGUAAAGAUGUCUUUGUGAAUAUCAUGGAGCAGUACUUUCCCACGGCUCAUGUCGGCAAGGAGAAACGAGGGACCAAGUCAGACGCCUCGAGCAAGAGAUAUGCGGAAAUCAAUCGGCCGGUGACCCAUGAAGAAGUAGGGGUGGUGCAGAAGGCGGCCAGAGAUGCUGGACUUUGGAGAUUUGCUGAGCCGGCGAGACAUGGUGGCUGGAAUAUCUGA